UAAUAUACUUCUGAGCAAUGGAUCCAUUUCGCGUGAAAUUGUUGUCACUGUCCAACGAGAUCACUGAUCGAGAGCUUGUAGAGUUGAAGUUCAUUUGCAAGCAGCACAUUCCUGUUGGAGUAUUGGAAAAAAUUAAAAGGCCAUUGGAGUUGUUUGAUGAGCUUGAAAACAGGAACUUGUUAACUCCGGAUAACAAGGAAUUUCUGGCAGCCAUAUUAGGCGGAAUAAAUCGCUUGGAACUGAGGGAUAGCUUGCUAGGAAAUGCCAGGGAGGAUCACUCAUCUCCAUUGAGUGUAAUGCAAGAUACUCUGUUUGACCUUUACAAAGAUGUAAUUGGAUGGCUACAGCCCCUUGCAUGGAAUAAAUCAUUUUAUAUUCACAUCAAACACAUUUACACCAACCUCCAGAUGAUCACGCAAACGCAGCAUGGACGAAGCACUAAGAAAGAACCCUUGGAGUCUUACUUUGAGAUUUUCCAACCUCGUUCACAUUCUUCCAAGCAGAGGCGUAUCCUCAUUGAGGGCCAAGCAGGUGUAGGCAAGACUACAUUUGCAUCAUUAAUGGUGUAUGAUUGGGCAUGCAGAAAUCCUAACCUACAGCAUUUUGAGCUUGUCCUUUUUAUUGAACUCAAACAAGUGAAAGGGAACUUGAAGAGUGACAUCUUUGAGUUGCUAUUUCCAAGGGAUUUUUCUUUUUCUGCAGAUUAUCUUUUCCAGUAUAUCAUCUCAAAUCAAGAAAAAGUUCUCUUCAUUCUUGAUGGCUACGAUGAAGUUAAUUCUUCACAACUGCAAGAUGUGGAAGACCUCAUCAUGGGGAAGAUAUUCAGGAAUGCCACCGUCAUUGUGACUUCAAGACCUGGUAAAGGGUCACGGGUUCACUGGUUCAUGGAUUCCCGCAUUGAGAUAACUGGUUUUACCAACAAGAACAUCCAUGAAUUUGUUCUCAAGUACUUUCAAGAUGAUGUGCCCAUGGCUGAGAGCUUGAUAGCACAGCUUGAAAUGCACCCUGUUGCAGAGAACAUUGCAAGAAUUCCACUCACUGCAAUGCUUAUUUGUGCCAUUUGGGAAGAAAUGCCUCAAGCAGACUUGCUUUCAUCAAUGACCUCUCUUUUCAUUGAGCUCACCCUCUUGCUUGUGAAAAGACACUAUGCAAGACAAUCUGACAAGGACAGCUUUGAUCCUAGCAGCCUCUCCUCGCUGCAAGAUAUUCCGGAUGAUCUCUUCCAAAGCCUUCUGUCAUUGGGAGAGAUUUCCCUGAAUGGAUUGCUGAAUGAUCAAUUGCUUUUUGAUGUACCUGAGCUUGAGAAGAAAUGCAUCAACAAAGGUGCGUUAGACAUUGGUUUCUUGUCAAAGGAGAUGGGUGCAUCCAGACUCAAACCAGUUCAGAAGUGCCGCUUUUCUCACAGAUCUUACCAAGAAUUUCUGGCAGCACUCUGGUUAAGCCACAAAAUCAGGCAGGCAUUUACUGACAGAUCUGUGUUUGAUCAAGUCAGUGUUUACAUCAUGAACUGCCUGUCCUCAGAAUUAAGCUCUGUGCUUUUUCUGUUCUCUCCCGGGUUGUUGGGAGAUGCCUUUCAACCUGUCUUUGAGCUUCUGCUCCUGGAAGGUACUGCUGAAGUUGACGAGGAUGAGAGCUUAAGGCAGUCUCUCUUUGAAGUUUGUAUUCUGUCUUUGUAUGAAUCUCAUCAGGGACACUUGGCUUAUAAGCUAGGGUCUCAAAUGCCUCCUGGUGUGGUCACGCUGCACCAUUUUAAUGCUACCCCUUACUGGGUGAGAGCUCUGGUGUACUUUCUGUUGAAAAACCCUUCAGUGACAUCUUUGGUGAUAGAGCACAGUCAAGUUGGCAAGCAAGCUCUUCAAGUAUUGGGAAGGUUCUUUCCUGAAAUGGUCUCUAUCCAAGAGGUGCACCUGCAGUCAAACAUGAUUACAGAUGAAGGUUUUUCUUCUUUUGCAAAAUCACUUUCUUCUGUGCCACAUUUGGAGAGGCUGGUGCUUGCACACAACCUUUUAACUGAUCAUGGAUUGGAGUCUCUAAUCUCAGCCUUCAAGGAUCUUCCUAAUUUGCGUCAACUGGAUCUCCAGGGAAACAAGAUUUCAGAAGCUGGAUUUGGAAUGUUAGUCCCUGCACUGUCAUUGCUACCAAAGUUGGAAGGGUUGCAGCUUGGUAACCCAGUGAUUUCUGGGACAGAAGAAAGUCAAGCAGGUGGAGAAAGUCAUUCGUCGACAGUUGGAAAUGGCUCUACCGGAUUGUCUGAGGCAGUUUUCAAUUCAUUAAUGGAGGCUGUCAAUUCACAUGGCAGCCUUAAAACAAUCAACCUCAGUCAAAGUGCAGUUCCUGUGGGUCAAGAUACAGCCAAGUUUGACAAGCUCAGGGUGUCAUAAAGUCAACAUCAGUACACCUAGUUUCUCCAGAGUAAGACAAGAAUAAAUAAUCCACUGAAUGUUCAGAAGGGUUGCAUGACAACACAAGCAAGGUGUCCACGCCAACAGGGCGAUAAUCUGGACAUGGACGCUUGAUGUAAAUUUUCUCUUUAUUCAGAAUUUCCUUUGAUGAAAUCUUUGGAAGUAAGACUACAUUUUUUGAUAUUCUCUCCUCUUUGAACACGUACCAUCUGAAGGGAGGGGGAUGGAGAUAUUUUUCAAACCUGCUAUUUUUUAUUAGUUAGGAACUGUAAAAAGUCAAAGACAGUCAAGAAAUAACGUGUGGACUUAGCAGUUUAUUAUCUUUUUCCAUUGGUGGUCCACGCGAAUGAUAAAUUCCUAUACAAGUACUUACAUUAAGGAUAUUACAUGAACGCGCGGAGAUACUAAUGUUAUCUUCUGGUGAUGAUGGUAUCUCUCACGAGAGAGCUCAGCAAACAAGUGAGAGGUACCAUCAGCACGUGUUGAAUCAUAUUGCAAGGUAUUGAUGAAACAUCCAAAUCUAAGACAUCUCUUGCAUUAUUAAUUGAUUUUAAAAGUCCCAAAAACAAUGGUCACCUUAGUUGAGGAAGGUUUAAAUUAGAAAAUUAGGUAACGCGAAGAUUAAGUUCGUUUGCUCCUCAACAAAAUGUUAUUUUCUGUGUUAAAAAAGUCAAAUUCAACCUCACUGACGUUGACAUGUCCCACUGACAUGUCCGUAACCAUGACGACAUCAAUAUUCUCACAUGUGAAAAAAUGAACUAAAAAUUUUUUCGCUAUUUCCUUAAUAUCUAUAUAUUAUUAAAUGAUUUUCUAUUUCAUAAAUCUAUCAUAUAGGAUUCUUGUACCUUAUGCCACACGAUGGUUUUAGGGUAUUUUGUCUCUAGAAGUAAAUACCUAAAAGUAGUAAUAGUUAUUAGCUGGAAAUGUUUUAAAAUAGUAAUUCAAUAAAGAAAUAACAGUCAUUGUG